GCUGUCAUCUCACCAGCAGAUAACGGGAAUAUCCCGGACCGAGAGAGAGACAGACAGACAGGCAGGCAGGCAGACAGACAGGCAGGCAGACAGACAGACAGACAGAGAGAGGAGGACGAGUCGCGUAGCUGCUCAGAUUAAUUCCGUUACCUAACCAAUAAACCGGAUGAAUAUUAAACAGUGACCUGGUUUGUUUACAGGGAGAAAACGACUGGAGCAGAGGAGAGAGAGACAGACAGAGAGAGAGACAGACAGAGAGAGAGACAGACAGAGAGACAGACAGACAGAUAGAGAGAGACAGAGAGACAGACAGACAGACAGACAGACAGAGAGACAGACAGACAGGGGAGGGAGGGAGGACAGACCAGGAGAAGAGGAGCUCUAUCAUCCCGUCCUCCGCUCCUGCUCCGCCUGCGAUGCCUCCCCGGCGGGCCGCUCCGGCACAUUCGUGACUCGACCCGCCCAGAGGAGCCGCCGCCGCCGCCGCCGCCGCCGCGGAGCGCCGAGCGCCGGGCGGAGCCGCAGCAGAAACCCAACAUGUCCCUGCAGCUUCCGCCCUGCGUUAUAGACUGCGGGACCGGGUACACCAAGAUCGGCUAUGCUGGAAACACCGAGCCACAGUUCAUCAUGCCCUCCUGCAUCGCCAUCAAGGAGUCGGCCAGCGUGGGCGAGCAGGCCCAGAGGAGGCUCGUCCGCGGCGUCGACGACCUCGACUUCUACAUCGGAGACGAAGCCAUCGACAAACCAAACUAUGCAACCAAGUGGCCUAUCCGUCAUGGCAUGGUGGAGGACUGGGAUCUGAUGGAGAAGUUCAUGGAGCAGGUCAUCUUCAAAUACCUGCGGGCCGAGCCUGAAGACCACAGCUUCCUCAUGACGGAGCCUCCUCUCAACACUCCGGAGAACAGAGAGUACCUGGCAGAGAUCAUGUUUGAGACCUUCAACAUCCCCGGGCUCUACAUCGCCGUGCAGGCGGUCUUGGCGUUGGCGGCCUCCUGGACGUCCCGGCAGGUUGGAGAGAGAACGCUGACCGGCAUCGUCAUCGACAGCGGAGACGGAGUCACUCACGCCAUUCCUGUGGCAGAGGGCUACGUGAUUGGCAGCUGCAUCAAGCACAUCCCCAUCGCGGGGCGGGACAUCACCUUCUUCAUCCAGCAGCUGCUGAGGGAGCGCGAGGUGGGCAUCCCCCCCGAGCAGUCGCUGGAGACCGCCAAGGCCGUCAAGGAGCGGUACUGUUAUAUCUGCCCAGACAUUGUGAAGGAGUUCACCAAGUACGACUCCGACCCGGGGAAGUGGAUCAAACAGUACCGCGGCGUCAACGCCAUCAGCAAGACCUCGUUCCACAUCGACGUCGGCUACGAGCGCUUCCUGGGUCCUGAGAUCUUCUUCCACCCCGAGUUUGCUAACCCAGACUUCAUGCAGCCAAUCUCAGACGUCGUUGAUGAGGUCAUUCAGAGCUGUCCAAUCGAUGUCAGGAGGCCCCUGUACAAGAACAUCGUGCUGUCUGGCGGCUCCACCAUGUUCAGGGACUUUGGCCGGCGGCUGCAGAGGGACCUGAAGCGGGUGGUGGACGCCCGACUGAAGCUGAGCGAGGAACUCAGCGGAGGACGGAUCAAGCCCAAGCCCAUGGAGGUGCAGGUGGUCACACACCACAUGCAGCGCUACGCCGUCUGGUUCGGAGGCUCCAUGCUGGCGUCCACGCCCGAGUUCUUCCAGGUCUGCCACUCCAAGAAGGACUACGACGAGAUCGGUCCCAGCAUCUGCCGCCACAACCCCGUGUUUGGAAUCAUGUCCUGAUGGCAGCUCCACCGCGGCUAAAGGGCUAGCUGUUAGCCUAAUAGCCCACCGCAUUGUUAGCCUGCUAGGCUGUUAGCCUGUUAGCCUGUUGACCCACUCGGGUGUUAGCCUGCUGGCCUCUCAGCCUGUUAGAUUGUUAACCAGCGAGCCUGUCGUUAACCUGUCAUCUGCUAGCCUGACAACCAGUUAGCUAGCCUCUUAGCCUGACAGCUAGCCUGUUCAUACGGUAGCCCACUAGCUGCUAGCCCGACAGCCUCAAAAGUGUCUCAGAGUGAGGAGCGUCUCCGCUGAAGCCCAAACCUGAGAGAGGCUGAUGGAGAUGAUCUCUGAGAUGCUUUUGAGGAAAGUUCACAGCACAGCGUCCGCCCAGCUAAGGCUGCGUUUACACCGCGUGCGUCUGAUCCUGGCAGUCUGCACAGGAAACACAUUUACCUGCUCAGACUGCCAGCACAUCUCACCUCACAUCACACCGCCCAGUGACGUCCAAACUCAGCCAGGCACAUUUUCAAAUUCCCCUUUUUUUCCGUUUUAGCCUUCCGUCCACACCAAGCCGGUGUUGAAAACCGAACUCCAAUGUGUGUAGAUCUGAAAACUCCACCCUGCUGUGUUCAUGUGGGCGGGGAAAAUGGACCUGAGAUCGCCACGUGAUCUACGAACACCUCUGUGUUGUAGAGCGGAGGCUGGACGGGCUGGACGGGCGUGGACGGCGGCUUUCGGAAACCGGGGUGGAAACUCUGGCUUGGUAAAGUGCAGAUGGAAGGACAAAACGGCAUCUUCGGAUUUACCCGGCUUAUUGCGGACAUGGCCUCGGUCACCAGACGUCACCAGAUGAAGUCAUACCUAAUUUGCAUAUCAGUAAUCUGUUAAACCUGCAGUCGCCAGUCAUAGCAGCGGGAUUGAACCUGAUGCUGCGUUUGAGACGUCCUAGGAAAUCCCAGGACUUAUUAGGAAAAAUGUUCUCGCACGCGCUUCCCAGUGGGAACUCUCACUGGGCAGGUGUGGUUUCUGAUCUGAAGCCGCACAUGUUGGUGUGAGGAGCCGCUAACAAACAGUUUCAACCCACAUCUGAGCCUCACCUGAGCUCAGGUAGGUUUGGGGGUGUAGAUGCAGCCUUGCUGGUUCCGGAGCUGUCCCGCUCUCUCUCUCUUGGCCCAAACCUGGAAACUUCCUCACCUGCAGCCGGGACGCUCUCCGGUCCGUAAACAACCAGAGUCAGCCAAUCCGGUUUUGGUUGCAGUGUCAUCAUCUAGAAGCUCGACCUGCAUGACCGUUGCCCCGCCCCCCCGCAUCGCCCCGCCCCGCCAUGUCUGUAACAUCACUGUAGCUCUGAGGAUCAGGCUAAGCUUUCCAUCAACACUCAACAGCCCCAUGCACAUGCUGAGGUCAGGGGUCAGAGGUCAAAGGUGAGGCCCGAGAGGGGGAGGUGGCUCCGUUAAAGGGUCCCCGGUUUGUCCGUUUAUUUCACCUGAAGCUCCUCAGCGACACCUGGCCAGUCAGCAUCCCUGCGAGCGAACACGGCGCCAGCAGCGACUCGAUGAUCUUCAAAAAAAAAAAAAAAAUCACCGCUCCAGCUCAGAAAAAGUUUCCACGCGCGAUGAAGAAAC